UAUGCUGUAUCUGAUCCAGAGUAACAAUCAUUUUGUUUUCCUUUACGCUCUUGUACCGAAGAAUAUCAAUAAACGAUCUUGAAUCUUUAAGUCAUUUUAAUUGCUCCAUUAGCUAAUGGAAUAAAUGAUAGAUUGAUAAUUGAGGAAGAUGUCGGAAGUGAAAAUAUAUCGGAAGAAUUAAUUACGUUAAUUUAUCUAAACGUGCAUUGCCCUAAAGGAUUGAGAGUUUGAGUCGGUCAGGUAAACCGCAGCGUUGCUGCUACCAUUGCAACAAUUGCUGACGUAAUAUGGAAGCCACGUCCUUCGCUGUUUAGUGCCUUCAGCUGUCAGUCAUGACGCACAAGGUAGCAAGGCAUGCCGGGAUUUGUAGUCCUACUCCUCGUCAUCCGUAAUUGGGACUCAGCUCCGCCUCACAGAUAGGAAACUACAGCGCUCGAGGACGGGGAGGAAGUGAAAGACGCCGCAAAGCGGACGUGUCAGAUCACGAAGAAGAGUGGGCAGAUUUAACCACGGACGAAAGUAAAGAUUUAAGGAUGGACCAAACCAGCACAGAAAAGCUGCAAGUCAAAGAAGGAAGAUUAGAAGAAUCACCUGAUGAAAGAGUAAGCAAGAACAUGUGGACGGACCAGUUUAUGCAAAAAGAAAAUGUGCUUAUUACUUCAGAAAAUAAAUCGAGCAAGGGAAAAUCAGCAGAAUGUUGUGAGUCUGAAGAGAAGACUCAAAAAUCAAAAUGGAAAAAUCCACUCGUCUUAGAGGCUCGGAGACCUGAAAAGAUCAUCAAAAGUGUGGACAGACACACUUGCGAAAGUGAGGGAGGUCACCAAAAACCGCCAAAGUCCAACUUGGAAAGUUCUGAUUCUAUAGACAAAGUUAAGGGCAUUAUUCCAGAUAAAAAGAAGUGCAAGACACUGGAGGGAUGGUUAAUAAAACCUGGUUUCAAAGAUCCAAGAGAUACAGUAGUCACUCAGGCUGGUGAAAAAAGCACUAUUAAAGAGGAUCAUGAGUUGAGAGCCCUUGAGACCAUGAACUCAACUGAAGAUCCACUUGAGGAGACUUACAUUGUUCCUGAGAGUCCACUCUCUGAUUUUGGCUGUGAAGAAUGUAUCCCUGGCACAACUGGAACUGAGAAACAAGAAAGUGGGAAGGGAAAUCCAGGAGACUGGCUUACUGCUAAGAAAGAGAGUGAGUCUAUUUUUCCUGUGCAGUUAGUCUGUGCAGGUAAUAACCCUCAUGAAUCAGACGCUGACCUUGCAUGCUUCACGGCCAAAAUGUCAGAAAAUCUUGAGGACCCUUCCCUUUGCCACAAAGUUAAUUGUGUUAGGACUUAUUCUGGUAAUAAAAAUGAGGAAGAUAUGAUGGAGGUGGACAGGGCUGUACAACGUGAAUACGAGGAUUCGUUCUCAAAAGUAAAGAAGAAAACAGUUCAUGGUUUAAAGGAGGGGGUGCUGAAGCCAGAGCAAAAAGUGUACCCGUCAACAAGUUCCCCUUCACAGCUGGGAAGUUCAAAAGGCCCAACAAAGGUACCUACAAAAAUCACUGAUCAUUUCGAGUACCUGACCAGAAAACCGCAAAGGAUAUAUGAUAAGAGAUGUUUGACUUUUAGAAGAGGGAAUUGCAUGGAAGAUAAGAAGCCUUUUCGAGGAAGGCAUACUGGAGACGUCAAAUGGCUUGGAACUCCAAUCAGUGAGAUGAGAAGAAUGCCAGAAUGCAGUGGCACUUUGCCAGUUUUAAGAGCAUCUAACAACCAUUUAGUAACCAUUCAAACAGACUUGAAAAGCGGUGAUGUUCCUCGACCUUUUCCCACAUACUACAAAGAUGCCUGGGAUGAAGAUCAUGUGAAAAUGCCUUGCUCUGAUCAAAAUCUUUUUCCUGUUGAAAAUGAGAACGGAAGCAAGCGUGUGAGCAGUCGAUGGGAAUUGAUUCAAACAGCAUUGUCAAGAAAGUUUGGCAAUUCACUGGACGUUAAGGAUGCAAUACUGAAGUACAAUGCAGGAUAUGCAAAAAAAUGGGACUUCACUGUCCUGAAUUACCUUUGCACUGAGGUUUUAGAUGAUGUGGAAACACAGCAUCUUCUACAGUCCAUUUUGCCGGAGAUGGCUCAACUAGCACUACGGCUACCUACAGUUUGUACGCAGCCGAUACCAUUGCUUAAGCAGAAGAUGAAUCACUCCAUCACAAUGUCACAAGAACAAAUAGCCUGCCUUCUGGCCAAUGCCUUUUUUUGUACAUUUCCACGACGGAGUAAUAAAGCAAAACCCGAAUACUCUAAUUUCCCGGACAUAAACUUCAAGAAAUUGUUUGAAGGAUCUUCACUCAAGAAGGUCGAAAAGCUUAAAACCUUAUUCUGCUAUUUCAGAAAAGUCACAGAGAAAAAACCUACAGGUCUGGUAACUUUUCAGAGACAGUGUCUACAGAACUUUCCAGAAUGGGAACGGUCUACAAAGAAGUUGACCCGGCUCCAUAUCACGUGUGAAGGGACAAUUGAAGACAAUGGACGUGGGAUGUUACAGGUGGAUUUUGCAAAUAAAUUUGUUGGAGGUGGCGUCACACGUGGUGGCCUCGUGCAGGAAGAAAUAAGGUUUUUGAUCAACCCCGAGCUCAUUGUUUCACGACUGUUUACAGAAGCCUUGGACUACAAUGAAUGUCUCAUCAUUACUGGCACAGAGCAGUACAGCAUCUAUGAAGGCUAUGCAGAUACAUACAGAUGGGUCAGGAGCUGCAAUGAUACGACUCCCAGGGAUGCUUGGCAGAGGCACCAUACAGAGAUUGUAGCCAUAGAUGCGUUGCCUUUCAGAUAUUAUCAAGAACAAUUUUCCCCUGAUAAUAUAAAGAGAGAAAUUAAUAAGGCUUUUUGUGGGUUUUUUCGGCCAGGAGUUGAUCCCCGAAAUCUUUCAGCUGUAGCCACAGGGAACUGGGGUUGUGGAGCUUUUGGAGGAGAUGCCAGGUUAAAAUCAUUGUUGCAGAUGAUGGCAGCAGCAGAAGCAGGGCGAGAUGUAGUGUACUUCACCUUCGGGGACCGAGAACUAAUGACCGAGAUACACGACAUGCACAAGUUCCUAAUUGAAAAAGAGCAGACUGUCGGUCAAAUAUACAAACUUCUGGAACGAUACUGGAGUGAAGUGUGCAGGCCCUGUUCUUUUUCAAGACCAAACAUUAAACUCUAUAACUUCAUUUAUGAUUCAGUAGUUUUGUACUUGGAAUCAACGGACGAGGAUGAUGAAUGACAACAAUUUAAAUGCCGUCUUUAAACUCAUCAUCGCAAUUAUCCUGCCACAUGAUCCUGAUAUUAGAGGCCCAUUCUUAUAUUAAAAAAAGUCUUGCAAAACAUGGUCUGUAUUCUGACGUGAAUAUUUUCUGAAGUAUUUUUGGUAUGAGCGCUUGUCAGUGAUAGCAGUCAAAGCCACAGUGGAACUUCAGGGAGAGAACAGUUUGAAUCUGUUAGCUCAUGGGCUAACCAGCGCAAUAUAUACUUAUUCUAUAUACUACAUAUUACGCAAUUAUUAUAAAAAAUAGCAACUGAAUAAAUUAAUAUUAAUGUAAUUACUCUAAAGGAAUAAACAAAUUAUCUUUUUUCUUUGGGGAAAAAUCUCUGCUUUAAGUCAGAGUUGAAAUCCCAGCAUGCUUUUGUUAAUCUUGGCCGCAGAGAAUGUCAGAUGUAAAUUGAAGGAACAGGCACAUAGGCUUGCACCAUGAAACAAAACAAUAAAAUGGUCGUCUUCAUUUUAUUUUAAAAAUACCUAAGAUUUCAAAUACCAAUUGUGUAUUCUUUUAGACUGUGGAACACAAUGCUGAAAAUAUUCUAGAAUGUUGUUGCUGUCUAACUCAUCAGUGGCAGCCAUAAAGGCCAAUGUGUAAAAAGGUAUUUUUUUUAGUUGUCUGAAUAAAAAUCUUCUGU